AUGUCUCAACAGACUAUCCUGAAUUAUUACAUGUCUAACAAAGCCUCCAAACCAAGAGAGUUUGAUGACUUUGAAGGAAUGAAAGGAGGAAAACGCAAAUCAUCAGAUGUUGAUCAUGAAACUGAAGAAAGCUAUGACUUUGAGGUUCCGAAGAAGCAGCACUUGUCGGUCGUAGGCACUCAAAACUUUCCUUUGACGCCAAUCCUCCGCUCGGUUGGCCUUCGUACCAAAACAUUCCACGACAGAAUAUACGGCCAGAUUGAGUUGGAUCCAUUGAUAAUUAGAAUCAUGGACACGAAACAGUUCCAAAGGCUACAGCAGUUGAAGCAGCUUGGACUUUGUGAAAAUGUUUUCCGAUCUGCUAACCAUACAAGGUUUGAGCACAGUGUUGGGGCAAUGCACCUUGCUACAAGGAUGAUGCAGACCCUUGAGGAACAACGGCGGAAGGAUAAGAAGUUGAGGCGCAUGUUUCCAGCAAUCAAUCAGUAUUGGGAGAAUCUGAGGGAGCAGAAGGGUUACCCUGCGUUGCCUUCCAAACGGAAUGAAGAUGGUUCAUGCACAUAUUCCAUUCCAGCCAAAAUCACGGAGGCAGACAAGCUCUGUGUAAAAGUUGCGGCAUUGUGUCAUGACCUUGGCCAUGGGCCUUUCAGCCACAUGUUCGAAACAAUGAUCUGUCAGGAUAUGGGCUUGGACUGGGCCCAUGAGGAGAUGAGUGUUUUAAUGCUCAAGUAUCUGCUCCGAGACAACAAUAUCCGUCUGGAAGACUACGGUCUAGAUCCAGUCAAUGAUCUUCGUUUCAUAGAAGAGCUGAUUGUUGGUGAUGAUCUUGACGGUGGAAAGCGUAAUGGAGGAGGAAUUGAAGCUCGCCGGGGUCGUGGCCCAGAGAAGAACUUUCUGUAUGACAUUAUAAACAACGCACAUAGCGGCUUAGACAUCGACAAGUUGGAUUAUUUCAUGCGAGACAAGAAAGUUUCCUUGGGAGAAGAAGAUAAGCAGCCGUAUCGCUUCAUAGACCUUGCACGAGUAUGUUGGUGCCCAGAAUUGGAUAAGGAUGAGAAGUUAGCCCCUGAAGCUAUGGAAAUCUUCAAAAUUAGAUUCAACAUGCACUGGAAGGUCUAUACUCAUAGGAACGUCAAGGCAGUCGAGUAUCUGAUCCGUGAUGUGUUGAAGCUUGCUUUCAAGCAUUACACUGUGCCGUGUUACGACAAGGAUACUGCUCGUCUUGUGAGGAGAGUACCGAUAGAAGAAGCGAUAUAUGAUCCCGCAGCAUUUGUCAACCUUGAUGAUCACAUUCUUUCGAAUAUUUAUAAUUUUCAAAGUGAAGAUGAGGAUAUGCAAUGUGCGAGAGCGCUUCUCCAUCGGUAUCAGCGCCACGACUUCUACAAGUUUGUCGGAAACACACCGAUGAACUUCGUCGAUGCAAGGCAUGGAGGCAAUUCAGUUUCAGCUGAUUCUCAAACCGAUAGUCAUCCAAUCAAAACCUCUGUAGAUGCAUUGAAGCAAGAGAUGUUAUCUCUCUGGGAAGAAGAAAAUGUUUGUAUUCCGGACACGCCAGACGAGCAAAACAGCGAUGUAGAGUAUCCUUUAGAUGAUAGAGGAUCGCAACCGAUGAAUGAGGAGUUUCUUUCUCAAAGCCGAACUCCAGUGAAGGGAGGAAAUCAGAAUGCUCCUAGUGCGGGUCAGUUGUCAGCCGACGACCUCAUCGUUGAGAAAUGGAGUGUGCACCAUGGGAAGAAAUCGAAAAAUCCUGUCGAUGAGGUUUUCUUUUUCUCUUCCGAGAAGGAAGCUUCAGUUAAAGGUCUUUGGGUUGCAAGAAGAGUGAGCCAGAACAGGUAUGGAAGCAUUCUUCCUCGCGAUCAAAUUAUGCAUGGAGUCCGCGUCUUCUGUAAAGAACCAUCCAAGAGACAUGCUGCUAUCUCAGCGCAUCGAUUGUGGUGCAAGAAGAAAAUGUGGCCUGAGUCUCUUGGAACCGACUCAAUGCACCAUACUAAUGACUCACAUUAA